AUGGCAGAGGUGGAGGAAACCCUAAAGAGGAUACAGAGCCAUAAAGGGGUGAUUGGAACCAUGGUUGUAAAUGCAGAAGGUAUUCCGAUUCGAACAACCUUGGACAACUCGACAACAGUUCAGUAUGCAGGCCUUCUUCAUCAGCUGACCAUGAAAGCCAGGAGCACAGUCCGUGACAUUGAUCCUCAGAACGACCUCACCUUUCUUAGGAUCAGAUCAAAGAAACAUGAAAUCAUGGUGGCGCCAGAUAAGGAAUAUCUUCUGAUUGUCAUUCAGAACCCAUGUGAAUAG